AUGCCAUCUGAUAAGAAACGGUUAUACAUAGCUCUCUAUGCUCGAGGGGGUACUCCUCAGAUGCCACGCGGUGAAGACAAGUAUCACUGGGCAUUCAUAAUCGGUCCAAAAGUUGAAACGGACACUACGAAAGGGAGACGCUGUCAUGUGAAGGAGUCUGUGCAAUUUAUUGAAGGCACUCCAUAUACUACGUGGGCGUUUGAGGACCGCGAGAUCUCUACCAUGCCCACGGCGAUGAUACUUGUUCGAGUAUUGAUAGGAAAAGUUGAAAAUCUUGACCGGCUGAGACGCGUUUUUGCCGCCACACCUAUUCGUGCCGGACAAGACGGCUUCCAAGCUUGGAACUGUGUUUGGUGGAUUCAAGAAGCCUUUAAUGCUGCGAUGGCAGACAGAGCGGCACUAGGAACUCGCCUCGCCGACUGGGAGAGAGCAAGGAGCAUUAGUAUGUGGUAUGUGACCAAAAAGACUAUGGAGCAUCGCUUCGACGGACAAGGAGACUUUAACAAUGAUAAGAUAGCAACCUGGGACGCGAUUGAAAACAAGGAGAUAGUUGCUUAA